AUGGACCUAAUGAUCAAGAUUAUGAAGAUGGGGUUUCUUUGGGAACAAUGAAAUUGCCAAAAGAUAUUGAUCUUGCAAGAUUUGAAACUCUACUUUUUCAGUGGGCUAACAGCCUUUGUCAAGGAGCUAUGCUGCCACUACCCAUGCCUCUAAAGGUUGAUAAAAUUCCUCGCGGAGCCAGAGUUUGUUUCAUUUCAGUUGAUGAUGCUCAAACUGAAGUUCUUGCAUAUAUAGACUGUAUGGUUUUCCCUGCAACUGAGACCUCACCUCCAAUAUUUCGAGCCAUACGAAAUGGACCCUCGAGAGAUAAGGCACCUCCCGGGGAGCCAAGAAUCAUGAGAAGCCUCUUAGGUGCCCUUCAGAAGUCUGUUGAGAUAGCUAGUGUUUAAAGUUGGAACAAUUUUUGUAUAGUCACAAAAAGUUCUUUCUUUCAACACUCUUUUUAUGUAUAAAGAACAUUUCACUUCUUUAAACUCAAUGAAACUUCAUUACAAGUGAAGAAUCUUGAGUGUCAUACAUAGACAAUGCAUGUAGUUAACUUGAA